AUGAUCACUAGAUCUCGACGGAGCAACCGCAACGAAGAGCUUUUGAUCCUGUCCAACGCAGAACUUGCAAGAGCAGAACGAGCAAACAGACAACGAAGGCCGAAUCCAGCCGACAUGGGCGAUAACGGCAACCCGAACAUGGCUGCUCAGUUGCAGCAGCUUCAGCAGCAGAUCGAGCAGAUGCGGAAGGCUCAACAAGAUCGAGAACCGCAACCUCGUCCUGCUAUUGGAGACAAGGACAAUCCGCACACCUUUAUCAAAACCGGUCUGCGAUUGUCCCUCCAAACCACGACUGGUUCGAAUGGAGUACCGGCUGACUUUCUGAAGUGCAAGCUAUUCCCGUUCUCACUUGCCAACAAAGCAUCUCGCUGGCUGAAGUCAUUACCACCUGGUUCUUUGACUUCAUGGGACCAAGUUAGAGCAGCUUUCCUGGACCACUUCUACACGAAGUCCAAGAAUGCAGCUCUAAGGACGAAGAUCGCAUCUUUCCAGCAGUAUGAUGGAGAAGCUUUCUGCGAAGCAUGGGAGAGAUACAAGGAGUGCCGAAGAGAGUGCCCUCAUCACGGAUACUCUGACGAGCAGAUCCUGAGCAUCUUCUAUACGAUGGAGUCAACUGGGACUACAGGAACGCUUUGA